AUGAUUACGGUGCUGGUGAUUGUGCUUGCGUCGUUGGUUAUGAUUGGGCUGGUGUUGCUGGUGAUUAAGCUGGUGUGGGUACGGCGUCGACGACGGGCGCGAGUGGCGCGAGUGAAGCAGGAUCUGCAUUCAAGCCCGCUGGGGUUGAUGGACAAUCCGCUGUAUGGGCAGCCGCUGGCGGAUCCCGACUCGGAGACGUUGCGACCGGGCAGUGGUCGAGGCUCUGGGGUAGGUGGAUCGGACAAGGGUGACCCCUCGUACGGCCAGGCCUUGUAUUCCGCGCUGGACCAUUCGGCAGUAGCUUGGGGAUAUGAGCCUGCGGCUGGCGCGGAGAACCAGUAUGAUCGCUUGAGUGCGACUGGCAGCAUGCAUUCGCGGCGGGCUCAGCAGCAGUCUGGGGUCGACGGUGCGAGUUUGGUGAAGGGCCAGGGCGGUGGUGAGAGCAACGAGGGCGGAUCGGUUGCGGGCCAUUAUGAUCACCUGAACUCGGGUACAUUAGCGUCGCCGUGGGACGGCGAGGUGGCUGCGGGCGCGGGAGUGUCGAUGUCAGACAGUCUCACGAUGCACGAGAGCAAUGGCCAGUAUGACCAGCUGAACAAAGCCGGCUUCGGCUGGGCCCCGUUUGGGUCAGGAGGAGCUGGAGCAGGGGAGCCGGGAGCGACGGGGAACGAGUACGACACCCUGGAUCUUGGAGCUGUUGGGGGCACUGCGACGGCGGGCACGGACGGAACAGCUGAAGUGGCUGGAAUGGACGCGAUGAUGAAUAUGGGGGAGACGGCCGAUUACUCGGAGGUGUCUGAUGGCCCUCGGCGUCUGGCGGGGAUGGAUGUGUAUGCCAACCCGAACGAAUGUACACCUGUGAGCGGGACAGAGGCAGAGGCAUCGAUGGUGGAAGAUGAGGCAGAGGCAUCGACGGCGGAGGCUGAGACAUCGACGGCGGAGGAUGAGACAUCGAUGGUGGAGGAUGAGACAUCGAUGGCGGAGGCAGAGGACGUGCCUGCUGCAGGGACUGCGGAUGAGGCGAGGGUGGCGAUGCCUGGUGCCGAGAUGGAGAGUGUGGCCAGUGGAGCAAACAAUGCGCUGGUGAACUUUGUUGUGCCGCCUGCGCCUGAUGGUGGUGGCAAUGACGCUGAGGAGGCGAGGCGGGAUGAGUUGGUCAACGACGAUCUCCCUGAGGGGGUCUCGGCAUCGGACGAAACGGGUGGCCUUGCGACGUUUGAGACACCAAAUGUUGCGACAUCGCCGGCGGUUGAGUCAAAGCCGGAACCUGCUGCCGGAUCAGUGCCCUUGGCCUCGGGCUUGGACCAGCCACCUAGCCGGGUGGGAUCGGCCAAUGAGACGGCUGGUGUGCCCUCAUUGGCGGCGGCGGUGGUGGCCUCGAAGCCUGUUCGCCUGCCUGGCCGCGUUGGGCCCAUGGAGCGGGAGGGUGGCAGUCCCAGUGGCACGCCAGGAUCGAGCCCGCACAGUACGCUGGAGCGCCCGGCAUCAUCGACGGGUGCAGGAGCGGGAACGGGGGCGAGUGGCGAUGCCGCAUCGGCGGGAGAGUGGCGAGAUGAGGCAACGGGCGUUUCCUACGAGCUGUCGCGUGACCUAGGGCCGCGUGCGCGGCGUCGGCGAAGCCCGGUGCCAGAGGGCUCCGGUGCUCAGCAGCCGGCUGGCCGUGGGCAAGAGGAUGAGAAGAGCGUGGCGCGUGAGGCUGGCGAUGGGAUGGGGGCGCUGCCUGGAUCGGAGCGGGGUGAGCCGGGGCCGGUGUCGCGACGCUUGCACGUGGUAGAUGACACGCCACCGGUGAUACAGCUGCUGGGGCCUGCGGUGUGGCGGGGCGAGGUGGGAACACCGUACGUGGAGCCGGGGUGGAAUGUAACGGACGACGUGGACCGGAAUGUUUCUGUGACGGUGGUGGAUCACAGCUUCAACGCGGCCACGCCGCUGGUGGUGGGCUCUGUGGUGUAUGUGGCACGCGACUCGGCGAACAAUACGGCCACCGUGACGCGGCAAAUUGUGUGGGAGGAUACGCGGGCACCAACGAUCACGAUGCAGGGAACCAACCCAAUGUUUGUGCAGAUGCUGACCGACUUUGUGGACCCGGGUGCCACGGUGACGGAUGCGGGAGACCCGAGCCUUGGGCCGGCACUGGAGGCCUCGAGCAACAAUGUGAGUACGGAUGAGGCCGGGGUGUAUGCCGUGUGCUACCGCGCGCUGGAUGAGCGGCAGAACGAGGCGGUGGUGUGCCGGCGCGUGGUGGUGGGAGAUCGCGUGGCCCCCAAGUUCUUGAACCUGCAGGCGGUGUAUGAGGUGGAGGCGGGGCUGUCGCUGGCCGCGUUUCCGUUGGACACUGUGGAGCCGUGGGAUGCGGUGGACGGGGUGUUGGAUUGGGAGACAAUUUCGAGCAACUACUCGGAUCUGAAUCCGCGAGCAGUGGGCAUGCAUGCGGUGACGCUGCGCGUGAGCGAUGCGAGCGGCAACGUGAAUGUGACGGUGGUGCGGGUGGCGCUGCGGGAUAGUCGAGCGCCCAACCUGACGCUGCACUAUGUCGAGCCGUGGGACUUUGAGCGAGGGCCAGGCUGGCAGGACCCGAUGAAUGUGAGCGCCGUGGAUGCGGUGGCGGGUGACGUGCGGUCCAGCGUGAAGCGACGAGCGGUGGUGAUGACGACGGGCGUGCCGGCAUCGAUUUGUGAGGGCGCGAACCAGUACUACGCGGCCAUGACAGGGCAGGAGGGGAGCAGCGACAAUGGCCUGACAGGGCUGGUGAGCGCGAGCGAUAUGCCGGAGCCUGGACCGGUAGCCGCUGUCAAUGGAUGGGCAGUGGCGGGCACGGAAUACCGGCUGGAGUAUUCCGCGAACGAUGGCAACGGUAACGUGGCGCAUGAGGCAGCGCACAUGCGGAUUGUGGACACGCGGGCGCCGCGACUGGAGGUGGACGAUCUGGUUGUGGCCGAGUAUGGGGUGGGGUCGAUGUUUGUGGACCUUGUGCACCCAGAGCCGGUGGAUGAACCGAAUCAGGACCUGCGGGGUCGGCUGUGCGCUGUGGCGUGGCGUUACGAGUUGACGGCGGGGCUGGGGGAGCGCGUGAGCGGCAAUGACGCAGGGGUACUGGUACCCGUGUAUGCAGAGGCGCGAUGGCGGGAGUAUGCGCGAGACCCAUCGGCAUGGGAGUCGAUGGCAGUGCCGUUGGCGGAGCUGACGCUGGAUGCGAUGGUGGGCACGCUGUACCGAGUAUCGUUUGAGGUGUUGGACGUGGGAGGGUUGAGCGCCAACGGCACGACGUGGGUGCUGGUGGACGACCGCACGGCGCCGGAGCUGACGGUUGAGGGCGGUGUGGGACGGCGGACCUACGAGUUUGGUCGGCAGGUGGCCGUUCCCAGGGUCACGGCAAUGGACGCGCACGACGGCAACUUGACGGCGCACGUGGCAGUUGAGGGAGCGGCGGAGGUGUCGGGGGAGCGUGCGGGCAACUACACGGUGAGCUAUGUCUGUCGGGACCGGUUCAACAACGUGGCUCGGGAGGAGGUGGAGAUUGAGGUGCAGCGCUUUGAGGCCCCGCCGCGUGAAAAUGUGUUUGUGGCGCCGCUGGCGCGCAUGCCUGUGGAUGUGGCGAGCCAGGAGCGAUCGCUGCGGACGCACCUGCGGCAACCGCAUGUGUUUGUUGUCUCGGUCGUACCGGCUGGAACAUGGCCGUUGCCGUACAACCAGAUGCCGGGAGCACGCACGAGCUUGGUCAAUGAGACGGAGCGGAAUGCGGCGGAGACGGAGACCACGGCUGGGCAAGAGCGGCGAUCGACGACGAGCAGCUACGUGGUUGGGUUUGCGGUGCGCAACAGCACGACGUGGGCGUGGCUAUCGGUGGCGGAGAUGGAGGCGUGGUUGGCGGGCCUGGAGGCGGUCAACGGGACGGGCUCGUCGUUGUCAGCGGUGGUUGUGUCGCUGGCAGAGUAUGAGAGCAUGACGUCGGGGGGUGGAGGAGCGGCGUCGACGCGGCGUGCAGAGACGACGGAGGGGUCGGCAUCGUCACGGGCGGCAUCGGAGAGCGGGGGCUCGAUGAUUACGGUGCUGGUGAUUGUGCUUGCGUCGUUGGUUAUGAUUGGGCUGGUGUUGCUGGUGAUUAAGCUGGUGUGGCCGCUGGCGGAUCCCGACUCGGAGACGUUGCGACCGGGCAGUGGUCGAGGCUCUGGGGUAGGUGGAUCGGACAAGGGUGACCCCUCGUACGGCCAGGCCUUGUAUUCCGCGCUGGACCAUUCGGCAGUAGCUUGGGGAUAUGAGCCUGCGGCUGGCGCGGAGAACCAGUAUGAUCGCUUGAGUGCGACUGGCAGCAUGCAUUCGCGGCGGGCUCAGCAGCAGUCUGGGGUCGACGGUGCGAGUUUGGUGAAGGGCCAGGGCGGUGGUGAGAGCAACGAGGGCGGAUCGGUUGCGGGCCAUUAUGAUCACCUGAACUCGGGUACAUUAGCGUCGCCGUGGGACGGCGAGGUGGCUGCGGGCGCGGGAGUGUCGAUGUCAGACAGUCUCACGAUGCACGAGAGCAAUGGCCAGUAUGACCAGCUGAACAAAGCCGGCUUCGGCUGGGCCCCGUUUGGGUCAGGAGGAGCUGGAGCAGGGGAGCCGGGAGCGACGGGGAACGAGUACGACACCCUGGAUCUUGGAGCUGUUGGGGGCACUGCGACGGCGGGCACGGACGGAACAGCUGAAGUGGCUGGAAUGGACGCGAUGAUGAAUAUGGGGGAGACGGCCGAUUACUCGGAGGUGUCUGAUGGCCCUCGGCGUCUGGCGGGGAUGGAUGUGUAUGCCAACCCGAACGAAUGUACACCUGUGAGCGGGACAGAGGCAGAGGCAUCGAUGGUGGAAGAUGAGGCAGAGGCAUCGACGGCGGAGGCAGAGGCAUCGACGGCGGAGGAUGAGACAUCGAUGGUGGAGGAUGAGACAUCGAUGGCGGAGGCAGAGGACGUGCCUGCUGCAGGGACUGCGGAUGAGGCGAGGGAGGCGAUGCCUGGUGCCGAGAUGGAGAGUGUGGCCAGUGGAGCAAACAAUGCGCUGGUGAACUUUGUUGUGCCGCCUGCGCCUGAUGGUGGUGGCAAUGACGCUGAGGAGGCGAGGCGGGAUGAGUUGGUCAACGAUGAUCUCCCUGAGGGGGUCUCGGCAUCGGACGAAACGGGUGGCCUUGCGACAUUUGAGACACCAAAUGUUGCGACAUCGCCGGCGGUUGAGCCAAAGCCGGAACCUGCUGCCGGAUCAGUGCCCUUGGCCUCGGGCUUGGACCAGCCACCUAGCCGGGUGGGAUCGGCCAAUGAGACGGCUGGUGUGCCCUCAUUGGCGGCGGCGGUGGUGGCCUCGAAGCCUGUUCGCCUGCCUGGCCGCGUUGGGCCCAUGGAGCGGGAGGGUGGCAGUCCCAGUGGCACGCCAGGAUCGAGCCCGCACAGUACGCUGGAGCGCCCGGCAUCAUCGACGGAUGCAGGAGCAGGAGCAGGAGCGGGAACGGGGGCGAAUGGCGAUGCCGCAUCGGCGGGAGAGUGGCGAGAUGAGGUGACGGGCGUUUCCUACGAGCUGUCGCGUGACCUGGGGCCACGUGCGCGGCGUCGGCGAAGCCCGGUGCCAGAGGGCUCCGGUGCUCAGCAGCCGGCUGGCCGUGGGCAAGAGGAUGAGAAGAGCGUGGCGCGUGAGGCUGGCGAUGGGAUGGGGGCGCUGCCUGGAUCGGAGCGGGGUGAGCCGGGGCCGGUGGGCCGUCAGCGAUCUGGGACGAUUUCGGUGCAGCGGCUGGUUGUGUGUGACUUGAACCGUGUGGCGGCGGAGCAGCAGCUGUUGGGGCUGCAUGCGCCGGUAGGGUCGUACCUGAUUCGACACAAGCCGGUGGCCGGUUGCCGGGAGUCGUAUGUGGUGAGCGUGGUGGGAGUGCAGGAUCAGCGGAUUGUGCAUUAUCGGCUGCAGCUUCGGGAGAACCUGCCAGACUUUGUGGCGGAGAACCGUAUUCUGGGCGGGUGCCGAGAUUUGCAAUCGGCGAUUGACCGCCUGAAGCGGGGCGUUGAGCUUGGCUUUGCCAUCAACCUGACCCACGCCGUCUCUCCCAACUAUGAGUGCUAG